AUGACGGACAGCGAUGGAAAAGAUAGGAAGAUGUUUCCAGGACUUUUGGGGAAGUUCCUGUCUAAAAGCUCACAUGAAGUAAGUGAGAGCUCUUGUCGCUUCAGAUUUCGCUACUGUAAAGUCCCUCUGGAGGGACCACAUGACGCGCGUAAUUCACGCUUUCAGCUUUUGGACACCAGGCGUAUACUUCUUGGGCAGAACUCGCCGUGUGACUCCAGGGCGCCCAUCUCCCAGACCGCCCUCGCCGUGCAGCGGGCGAGAUGUUCGCGUUCCAUGACUGGUGCGGGCAUCGUUUUCAUCUCCGGGGCAGACGCGCCGAACGCACGCUCUCUCGUCCUUCGGUGCAUUCCUUCACGCAGCCAGAAGCGCCCUAAGCUCCCUCCCUUCCAAGCCCUCUGCUCCACCGACCGCUGUUUGGAGAUAAAUCCUAUAUGCUGGAAAAUAAGCACUCACAAAGGACGUGGCUCUUCUUUUGUAGUAGCUGUGAACCAAAAUUUUACAUAUUGGAAGUCAAGAGAACACAUUCAUUAUUUCCUUUUUUUCUCUGUUUCUCUUCUAGCUCUGGGAUUGUAUACAGUAAAUGCAGUAUAUGGAGACACUAUUACUAUGCCUUGUCGUCUAGAAGUACCAGAUGGUCUGAUGUUUGGAAAAUGGAAAUAUGAAAUGCCAAAUGGAUCUCCGGUAUUUAUUGCCUUCAGGUCAUCAACAAAAAAGAAUGUACAGUAUGAUGAUGUACCAGACUACAAAGACAGGUUGAGUCUCUCAGAAAACUAUACAUUAUCCAUCAAGAAUGCAAGAAUCAGCGACGAAAAGAGAUUUGUAUGUAUGCUAGUAACGGAAGAUGACGUUUCUGAGGAGCCAACGAUAGUCAAAGUCUUCAAACAACCCUCUCAACCAGAAAUCUUGCAUCAAGCAGACUUCUUAGAAACGGAGAAGCUAAAAAUGCUUGGGGAGUGCGUUGUGAGAGAUAGUUAUCCUGAAGGCAAUGUUACGUGGUACAAAAAUGGGAGAGUUUUGCAGCCUGUGGAAGAAGUUGUGGUCAUAAAUUUGCGAAAGGUUGAAAACAGAUCAACUGGACUCUUCACCAUGACAUCAUCUCUUCAGUAUAUGCCAACAAAAGAAGAUGCAAAUGCUAAAUUUACUUGCAUUGUGACAUAUUAUGGACCAUCUGGCCAGAAAACAAUACAGUCUGAACCAGUUGUCUUUGAUGUUCACUAUCCAACAGAGAAAGUGUCUAUUCAAGUGCUGUCACAAAGUAGUACCAUUAAAGAAGGUGAUAACGUCACUCUGAAGUGCUCAGGGAAUGGCAACCCUCCUCCACAGGAGUUCCUGUUUUACAUUCCAGGAGAAACAGAAGGGAUAAGAAGCUCAGAUACUUAUGUAAUGACAGAUGUGAGACGAAAUGCAACAGGAGAAUACAAGUGCUCUUUGACUGACAAAAGCAUGAUGGAUGCAACCACCAUCACUGUGCACUAUCUGGAUUUGCAGCUUACUCCUAGUGGAGAAGUCACAAAGCAGAUUGGAGAGGCCCUGCCUGUGUCAUGCACAAUUUCUUCUAGUAGAAAUGCAACUGUGUUUUGGAUAAAGGACAAUACCAGAAUGAAAACCAGUCCAUCAUUUUCAAGUCUGCAGUAUCAAGAUGCUGGAAACUACAUCUGUGAAACUACUCUACAGGAAGUUGAAGGGCUAAAGAAAAGAAAGACACUUAAACUUAUAGUGGAAGGAAAGCCUCAAAUCAAAAUGACGAAGAAAACCAAUACAAAUAAAAUGUCUAAAACAAUUGUCUGUCACGUGGAAGGAUUUCCCAAACCAGCAGUGCAAUGGACAGUUACUGGUAGUGGAAGCCUCAUAAAUAAGACAGAGGAGACCAAAUAUGUUAAUGGCAAAUUUUCCAGUAAAAUUAUAAUUGCUCCUGAGGAAAAUGUAACAUUAACAUGCAUUGCAGAAAAUCAGCUAGAAAGGACUGUGACCUCUCUGAAUGUCUCUGCUAUAAGUAUUCCAGAGUACGAUGAACCAGAGGAUAGAAAUGAUGACAACAGUGAAAAGGUUAAUGACCAGGCGAAACUAAUAGUGGGGAUUGUAGUCGGCCUUCUGUUGGUUGCCCUGGUUGCAGGUGUUGUCUACUGGCUCUAUGUGAAGAAAUCAAAGACAGCGUCAAAACAUGUAGACAAAGAUCUCGGAAAUAUAGAAGAAAAUAAAAAACUAGAAGAAAACAAUCAUAAAUCUGAGACUUAAGAGACAAAAUGUGUCAGUCAUCAUUCCAGAGAAUACAUAUAGACCAAUUGAAGCAUGAACGUGGAUUGUAUUUAAACGUAUACAAAGAAGUGACAGCUAUUCAUGGUUCAAGUAUUAAACAGAUCAUACUACCAAGUUUUCAGCGGAUUUUAGACACAAUUAUCUCAAGCUAAAAAAAAACAAAAAACAACAAACAAAACAAAAAAAAAAUCCAACCCACAGAAUAACUAAUUUUGGCAACCGCCAUGAUAAUAGGUCACCAUGUUGUGUUCUGUUUAAACUAUUUUUUUGUAAAUGUCUGCACUGAAGAUUUCUUUUUGUUUGCCUUUAUGUAAAUUUUUUACGUAGCUAUUUUUAUACACUGUAAGGCUUUGUUCUGGGAGUUGCUGUUAUUCUGAUGUAUAGUGUAAUGGUUUGAUUUCAGUUGUUUUUAUGACACCCUUUGGGCAGGUACAUGUCUAAUUCUGAUUGUUAUCAGUGAAACCUCUGCUUUGUAGCAAAUACCUAAAGCGUAAGAUUGUCUUAAAGGAAAAUAUCGAUCUCCUUUUUCAUUUUUUAGAAGUCAGUAAAGAGGAGAGGUGACAAUUGUGACAAAAAUAAGCCAAAUUGUUAAUAACAGUGAGAAUUUAAGAAAGCUGAGGGAAAGCAAACAGCCAGAAAGGGAAUAAAGAAUUUCUAUGGAGAAGGCUGGGAGCUGAGCAAGGAACACAAUGAAACAGUCAUAGCCUACGUGCAGAUGGUGGCCUGUGGUCCUUUCCUUCUAAAGCAAGGCGUGUGUUUUAGUCAUACAUUACCUGUUGUCCUUCGUGUUAAAAUUAGGAUAAGGAACUGGAUUUCUGGUUUGAUUUUGAUUCCUUUACGUUAUCCGCUGCCUUAAAGUACUGUACCUUUUCUUCAUUUCAAACAGAUAUCAGUCAGAAUUGGAGAUUUAAAAAAGAAAAAAAAAAAAAGUGG